AAAUUUGAAUUUGAAAGUGAACUUUAAGUUGAUUUUGCAAUAUUGCCACCCAUCUGAUGCACUCUAUAAUACUUGCUUGGGAGAACUGUAAAAAUGCGAAACAAUAUGAAAAGCUAAAGGAACAGGUACGUAUUUACAUCAACACCUAGUUGGCCUUGCUUAAAAGCGUCCAUGCUUUGCGCGGAUGAGGCCCCAAGAAAAGGUAGAGGGGUAGUUUCCUUGACUUAAAGGGAAACCCAGGCUUAGCGCCUCUAACUAAGGCUUUGGACAGCCACCUGUUCUGCAUAGAAACACAGGACAUAGUGCAAAGUAGAAGAUAUCCAGCACCGGAAGACAAAGGGGAAAAAAAACAGUGGGUCUCCGCCUGUUACAGUAAGUUAUGCUGCUCUAAGGUAGAGCGUUUAGGGAAGCGUAAGCCCUGAAGUUUAAGCUACUUCCAUUCUUCCAACUGAGACGCCCUCAUCAAAGUUUCAUCUCAUUGGCUCCUUUCAGCUCUCUGGGAAGCUUCCCCGUCUCCCUGGCAACCCGAGCUGCCACCAAUUGCAGCUAAGGAUUGGUAGUCACGUGGCCUCUGUCUCUCCCCCAAGCGGAGGCAAUAUGGCGGCCCUGGCGUGGCGGCCCUGAGAGAUUUGAGUUACUCUAGUUGUGGCUGCCGCUUCCCUAACGAUGGCGUCUCCGGCUUUGUGCGAUUCACAUCCGAGCCCAGAAGAGCUUCCUGGAGACCCCUCUUCACAAGAAGAUCAGUAUUGUGAUUCUGAAGAUCAGGCCAGCGACUCGGACUCAUAUUCUUCAGCGAGUAGCGAUUAUGAUGACCUUGAGCCUGAAUGGCUGGACAGUGUGCAGAAAAAUGGAGAGCUGUUUUAUUUGGAACUGAGUGAAGAUGAAGAAGAAAGCCUCCUUCCUGAGACACCAACUGUGAACCAUGUCAGGUUCAGUGAAAAUGAGAUUAUCAUUGAAGAGGACGAUUACAAAGAAAGAAAAAAAUAUGAACCCAAACUCAAGCGGUUUACCAAAAUUUUAAAAAGUAAAAGACUUUUACCCAAGCGCCACAAUAAGAAAAAUAGCAACAACAGUGGGCCAGUAUCCAUUCUAAAGCAUCAGUCCAAUCAGAAGACAGGAGUCAUUGUCCAACAGCGGUAUAAAGAUGUGAAUGUUUACAUAAACCCCAAAAAGCUAACUGUCACCAAAGCCAAAGAGCAACUCAAGCUUCUGGAAGUACUGGUUGGAAUUAUUCAUCAGACCAAGUGGAGCUGGAGAAGAACAGGAAAGCAGGGCAAUGGAGAGAGGCUUGUGGUCCAUGGCCUACUGCCAGGAGGGUCUGCAAUGAAGAGUGGUCAGAUACUAAUUGGUGAUGUUCUUGUUGCUGUGAAUGAUGUUGAUGUGACCUCUGAAAACAUAGAGAGAGUUCUGUCUUGUAUUCCUGGACCUAUGCAGGUAAAACUGACAUUUGAAAAUGCAUAUGCUGUGAAAAAGGAGACAAGUCAACCAAGACAGAAAAAGGCACAGUCAAACACGAGUGAUUUAGUCAAACUUCUAUGGGGAGAAGAGGUUGAAGGUAUCCAGCAGAAUAUCCUAAACACUCCUCAUAUCAUUAUGUAUCUCACACUACAACUCGACUCAGAAACAUCAAAAGAAGAGCAAGAAAUUCUUUAUCAUUAUCCAAUGUCUGAAGCUUCUCAGAAACUUAAAAGCGUGAGAGGAAUUUUUCUCACACUCUGUGACAUGCUAGAAAAUGUAACUGGGACACAAGUUACUAGCUCAUCCCUCCUUUUAAAUGGGAAGGAAGUUCAUGUGGCUUAUUGGAAAGAAUCUGACAAGUUAUUAUUAAUUGGCCUGCCUGCUGAAGAAAUUCCUCUUCCUCGGCUAAAGAAUAUGAUAAAAGAUGUUGCCCGAACCUUAAAAUUUAUGUAUGGUUCUUUAGAUAGUGCCUUUUGCCAGGUUGAGAAUGUUCCUCGUUUGGAUCAUUUUUUUAACUUGUUCUUUCAAAGAGCACUUCAACCUGCUACGCUGCGUUCCAAUGCCAGUCCCAGUGCUCAACAAUAUGAUGCUUCCAGUGCAGUACUUUUAGACAAUCUCCCUGGAGUUCGGUGGCUCACACUUCCACCAGAAAUCAAGAUGGAAUUAGACACGACAUUAAGUGACUUGGAGGCUGCAGAUUUUGCAGAACUGUCUGAGGAUUACUAUGACAUGAGGCGGCUAUAUACAAUUUUGGGGUCUUCUCUAUUUUACAAGGGUUAUUUGAUAUGCAGCCAUUUGCCUAAGGAUGAUCUUAUUGAUAUUGCUGUAUACUGUCGCCACUAUUGCCUGCUGCCUUUGGCAGCAAAACAACGAAUUGGUCAAUUGAUAAUAUGGAGAGAAGUGUUUCCUCAGUCUCACCUCCAACCUUCUGCAGACUCAAACACUGAAGUCUUUCAGGAACCUGAAGGGAGAUAUUUUUUGUUAAUUGUUGGCUUGAGACAUUACUUGUUAUGUGUACUGUUAGAAGCUGGAGGCUGCGCAUCCAAAGCUAUUGGGAAUCCUGGACCAGACUGUAUAUAUGUGGAUCAGGUCAAAACAACUCUUCACCAGCUGGAGGGAAUAGAUUCUCGCAUAGAUGAACGGCUAGCAUCUCCUCCAAGCCCCUGUUUGUCUUGUGCUGACUGGUUCCUUGCUGGAUCACGUGAAAAAAUAGACAGUUUGACCACUUCACCUAUUCUUAGUAGGCUACAAGGUACUAAAGUAGCAACCUCCCCAACAUGCAGAAGAACCCUUUUUGGUGACUAUUCCUUAAAGACACGUAGGCCCAGUCCUUCCCGAAGCGGUGGAGGAUCUGACAAUGGUUGUGAAGGUGGAGAAGGUGUUGGCCUUACCCUCCAUACUACACCAGAUGCAGUACAGAAGCAAAGAGAAUCUCAGGGUGCUGAUGGUUCAGAAGAAAGUGGGGCCUUGCUUAAGGUCACUAAAAAGAAGUCUACUCUUCCAAAUCCAUUUCAUUUGGGAAAUUUGAAAAAAGACCUUCCAGAAAAAGAAUUGGAAAUAUAUAACACAAUGAAAUUGACAUCUGGUCCUGAGAAUACACUUUUCCACUAUGUUGCCUUGGAAACAGUGCAAGGAAUCUUUAUUACUCCUACCCAUGAAGAGGUGGCACAGCUAAGUGGCUCUGUUCACCCUCAGCUAAUAAAGAAUUUCCAUCAAUGUUGUCUUUCCAUUCGUUCAGUGUUCCAACAGACAUUGAAGGACGAGAAAAAGAAAGCACUAAAUGGUGGAGAUCAUUCAGAUUCAACAAAUUCAGUAUCAUCUUUUAACCCUGUGAAAGAACAUGGUGUGUUGUUUGAAUGCUCACCUGAAAACUGGACUGAUCAGAAAAAAGCACCACCAGUUAUGGCUUACUGGGUAGUGGGGAGACUCUUUCUUCAUCCAAAACCUCAAGAACUUUAUGUUUGUUUUCAUGACUCAGUAACAGAAAUUGCCGUUGAAAUGGCUUUUAAAUUGUUCUUUGGAUUAACCUUGUAGCUGUGUUUUCUUGAUGCACAGAAACACAUGCAUAAAACAUCAAACUGAAUUGCUGUUUGAGUUGUUAGAAUUGCCAAGAGCAAUACACAAAGAGAGAAGGUUUAGCUUCUUUUCACCUUUCAAUAUUGAACAUAAUAUUGUUAAAUACUGAGAUGAAAUGCUGUUGGAAUUGAUGCAUUAAAUCUUAAUGUAAUAUUGUUAGACUUUGAGAAGAUACUUGAUCAAAAUAUAAGAGGGGAUUCCUAACUUAUUGCUAUUUUUCUAUAUAAUGUUAAUUUAUUGACUAGUUUGAAAUAAUGUGAAGUAUUUUAUAUAAAAUUAAUAUAGGAAGUGUUUAUU